GAACAUAACCUCUCGUCCCCUCGAAUCCCCGAGAUUGUAGCGUUUAUGUGAUCUCCUCUCUCCUCUCUCCUCUCUCCUCUCUCUCUAUAAACCCGGAUUAAACAAAAAUUGGAAGAACUACCAAAAAAAACACUGAAAGAGCAAAAAGGAGAGCAAACGAUAGCGCGCUUGAACUUUGCGGGACUGCGUCUACGCCUCCCCAAACCGAUCAAACGUCCCAAAAAAGAAAGAAAUAUCCUCCCAAAACAAUCCUCACCACCGCGAUCAAAGCCGCAGAUCCCUCUCUCUCCUCUCCCUCUUAUCUCAUGCGACCCUUGUCCUCUCCUCCGCCCUAGGGUUUGAUGCCGUCCGAGCCCUUGAUGUCCUCUAGAUGGACGGCGCCUACCCGUUCUCCCUCCGCUCCCUCUUGAUCGCCGCCGGAGCCACCGCUUUGUGCUGUCUUUGCUCUCUCUGGGCCCUCCGAUCGGUCUCCGGCGGGGUCUUCAAGAAGGCCGGGACGAUCAAGAACAAGAAGUCCUGCGGGUGUGCGUGCUCCUCCUGCGGCGGUGGCGGUGGAGACUCCGGAAACGCUCGGGCAAACGGGGAGAUGGCGGUGGGCGGCGCAAAGAAGGCCGCGGCAGUGGAGCGGCUGGCCGGGGGUUCGAUGAUGGAGCAGCUGGUGCCGGAGAUCACCACUCACGCGCUCAGCUACCUGGAUUACACCAGCCUCUGCCGUCUCUCCAUGACCAAUUCCUCCAUGAGGAGGGCUGCGAAUGAUGAUGGGGCCUGGAAAGCCCUCUAUCACAAGGAUUUCACAGUGGAGCAGGACAGUAUCACACCAGUUCAUGGAUGGAAGUCUUAUUAUGCUGCUACCAGAGCCAUUGUUAGUGUCAAUGUGGAGUUCUUUAACAUCAUUAGAGAAAGAUCUCUGCCUGCAAUGAGUCGCUUUUGGCUUAAUGCGGACUAUGUGAAAUGCAUACAUGGCUCUGGAGAGCUAUUUAUAGGGUAUGCUGCGGUGAUCGACAGUUGGUCCAUGGCACUCAACUGGGAUCAAGGAGGUGGUCAAGGUGUUGCCUUUCAGAUUAGGGAUGUACGAGCUCGUGUGCUCAGCGACAUGGCGUGGGUCACCAUGAAGGCUUAUGUUGAUAUGGACUCAGGACCGUUCCAUAUGACCAAUAUCUAUGAGUUUCAUAAUGGUCGGUGGUAUAUGGUUCAUCAUCACAGUUCAGUAAUGCUCACGGAUGAGGAUCCGGGGCCCCACAAUCUUUUUGGUUGAAGUGCAUAGGAAAUAUAUUAUUGCUGGAUGUGGCAGAAGCUCUUGUUUCUUUCUCUCUUAGGUUUAAAAUUUUCUGGCUUUUUAGUUUUACCAUUUCUCCCCGUCAGAAGUUGUCUUUAUAAGCGCACCAGGCUAGACUGUUGAUAUAUGUUCAUCAUCUCUUUUCCGUCGAGAGGCCAUAAAUAUAUUUUUUAAUUUCUUUGAACUUUUAAAUUUAUCCUGAAAUGAUUCAGGACAGGAGAAGCUUUCAUUAGCUUUGUAUAGAUGGCGAUGCGGUGACAUACUCAAACAGGAACAGGAAGAUUUUGGGAGCUAAUCAUUUGAAAACAUUUGAUUA